AGCCGCCAGGACUUUCGCUUUACGAGGCUUCCGCGCUGGGGAUGAAACUGGAAAAGUACUUUCUAAUCCCAAACUGGUCUGAAGUGUACGCCACUCUCCUCAUCUCUCCGAACUGGCCUGUCAUAACAGGCGCUGAACACAUGAAAUCACAGUCUUGCAGAUGAGCCGUCGCAGGGGGCUUGCCCGUCGCUGUCGCAGACCCAGAUAGUUCCCGGCGGCGGCGGCGGCACCGCCCCGACGUCCCCCGGCAUGCCCAACAACAGCCGGGCGGGGAACCUGAAGGACCCCGAAAUCGCAGAACUCUUCUUCAGGGAGGACCCGGAAAAGCUCUUCACAGAUCUGCACGAAAUCGGACAUGGCAGCUUUGGAGCUGUGUAUUUUGCACGGGAUGUGCGGUCAAAUGAUGUGGUGGCCAUCAAGAAGAUGUCCUAUAAUGGAAAACAGUCUAAUGAGAAAUGGCAAGAUAUAAUCAAGGAGGUGAAAUUCCUGCGGCGAAUACAGCACCCAAACAGCAUAGAGUACAAAGGAUGUUACCUGCGAGAGCACACUGCUUGGUUGGUAAUGGAGUACUGUCUAGGCUCAGCUUCAGACUUGUUAGAAGUUCACAAGAAACCCCUGCAAGAAGUUGAAAUUGCUGCAAUUACCCAUGGUGCUCUUCACGGAUUGGCUUAUCUUCACUCCCACAACAUGAUCCACCGUGACAUCAAAGCAGGAAACAUCUUGUUGACAGAACCGGGUCUGGUGAAACUAGCAGACUUUGGCUCGGCCUCCAUUGCCUGUCCGGCCAAUUCUUUUGUCGGGACUCCAUAUUGGAUGGCCCCAGAGGUCAUAUUAGCCAUGGAUGAGGGUCAGUAUGAUGGAAAGGUGGACAUCUGGUCUUUGGGAAUAACCUGCAUUGAAUUAGCUGAGAGGAAGCCUCCAUUGUUCAACAUGAAUGCGAUGAGUGCCUUAUAUCACAUAGCACAGAACGACAGCCCCGUUCUGCAGUCGACUGAAUGGACGGAUUAUUUUCGGAAAUUUGUCGAUUCAUGUCUCCAGAAACUCCCUCAGGAAAGGCCAAACUCCGAGGAGCUCCUAAAGCAUGCGUUUAUCCAGCGUGAACGGCCAGAAUCGGUCCUAAUAGAUCUGAUAAAUCGGACCAAGGAUGCUGUGAGGGAACUAGACAACCUGCAGUACCGCAAGAUGAAGAAGAUCUUAUUUCAGGAAGCUCACAAUGGCUCCACGAAUGAGGCGCAAGACGAUGAUGAGGAGCCGGACCCCAGCGUGAGUGGGACGGGCACGGUGAACAGCGUCGGGAGCAACCAGUCCAUACCCAGCAUGUCCAUCAGUGCCAGCUCCCAAAGCGGCUCCGUCAACAGCCUACCUGACGCAGGCGAGGACAAGAGCGAGCCGGACAUGGACGGCGACGGCACGGUGAUGUCCAACAGCUCGGUCAUUAAUCUCAAACCCGAACAAGAGACGCGCAAAGAAGAGUCAGAGCCUCAUGGCAGAGGCACAACAGAGACACAAGCUGCACCCACUCAGACCCAGAGGACGAGACGAAACCGUGAAGACUUUGCGACGAUACGUACAGCGUCAGCGCUCACACGCCAGAUGAAGGAGCACGAGCAGGAAUCGGAGCUAAGAGAGCAGAUCCUGGGCUACAAGCGAAUGAGACGGCAGCACCAGAAGCAGCUGCUGGCUCUGGAGAACAAGCUGAAGACCGAGAUGGACGAGCACCGGCUCCGUCUGGACAAGGAGCUGGAGACCCAGAGGAAUAACUUCGCCCAAGAGCUGGAGAAGGUGGUCAAGAAACACCAAGCAUCCAUGGAGAAAGAUGCAAAAACAUUUAGCAACGAUGAAAAGAAGUUCCAACAUCACAUCCAGAGUCAGCAGAAGAAAGAGCUGAACAGUUUCCUGGAAUCCCAAAAACGAGAGUACAAGCUCCGCAAGGAGCAGCUGAAAGAGGAGCUGAAUGAAAACCAGUCAACGCCCAAGAAAGAAAAGCAAGAGUGGCUGUCCAAGCAGAAGGAGAACUUCCAGAACCUCCAAGCAGCGGAAGAGGCCAACCUGCAGCGCAGACAGAGGCAGUACCUGGACCUGGAGUGUCGCCGGUUCAAAAGAAGGAUCCUGAUGGCUCGCCACAAAAUUGAACAGCAGCAUCUGCGAGAGGAAUUAAACAAGCGUCAGACUCAAAAGGACUUGGAACAUGCCAUGCUUCUCCGUCACCACGAGUCCAUGCAGGAGCUCCAGUUCCGCCAGCUCAACACCAUCCAGAAGACCCGGGUCGAGCUGAUCCGGCUACAGCACCAGACGGAGCUGACCAAUCAGCAGGAGUACAACAAGAGGAGAGAGCGGGAGCUUAGACGAAAACACGGCAUGGAGGUUCGUCAGCAGCCCAAGAGCCUCAAGUACAAAGAGCUGCAGAUCAAAAAGCAGUUUCAAGACACGUGUAAGAUCCAGACCCGGCAGUAUAAAGCAUUGAGGAACCACCUGUUGGAGACCACACCAAAGUCCGAGCACAAAGCUGUCCUCAAACGCCUAAAGCAGGAGCAGCAUCGCAAACUUGCCAUUUUAGCCGAGCAGUACGACCAUUCCAUCAGUGAAAUGUUCUCAACACAGGCGUUACGCCUGGAUGUGACUCAGGAAUCUCAAUGCCAAGCAUUACAGAUCCAGCUGCAGCAGGAGCUGGAGCUUCUCAAUGCCUACCAGAGUAAAAUUAAGAUGCAGACGGACGCGCAGCAUGCCCGCGAGAAGAAUGACCUGGAACAAAGGGUGUCACUCCGAAGAGCGCUACUGGAGCAAAAGAUUGAGGAGGAAAUGCAGUCGUUGCAAAACGAGCGCACCAAGCGCAUCCAGAACCUGCUGGAGCGCCAAGCCCGGGAAGUCGAGGCCUUCGACUCGGAGAGCAUGCGCCUGGGCUUCAACAACAUGAUGCUGGCGGACCUCUCCCCCGAAGCGCUCAGCAACAGUUUCCCCGGUGCGCCAGGCGGCUACAGCCAGCACCAGCAGCUGAGGCCCUCCUCGAGCGCUCAAGGGCCGCGCUGGAGCAGCCGCGGUUCCAGCCUGAGCUCCAAUCACAGAGGCAGCCACCACCACUACCAACUCAGCUUAGGAGGGUCGCCUAUGCAGCAAGGGUGGGCGGGGCACGGCUCGCCGGGCGGAGGAGGCGGAGGUGCGGGUCAGAUGCAGUGGGGCCACCCACAAGGCGGGGCCCUGCAGGCAAUGGGGGGGCGCGUGGAGCCCGGGAUGAGCAGGAGCUCCAGUGUUACCUCGCAAAUAUCCAACGGGUCGCAGUUCUCCUACUCUUAGAUUCGCCUUUCUGUCUGCCUUGGAGUCACUUUAUAUAGAAACCUGUCUGCCUGUGACGCUACCCCCCUCCCAAAACGUCUCCCCUUGUACAGAUGUGGAUGUGUGGUGGAGAAAAUGUUGCUCAGGUCAAAAGGGGGGGGGCUCCAUCUCCCCCAGCCCAUCCUCAAAGGCAGUUUUAUGAGCACACACAGAUUCUGAAAUGCAUGUUACACAAGAGUAUCAACAAGUAAGUUUGACUUGUUUUUCUUUUUUUCUGUUUUUUUACCGUUUCCUCUGUGGAGGAAAUGUUUUUGUAAGUUUGUGCUAUUCACAGCCAUUGCUCUCAUUUUGCACAUAAAACACCACUCUAAAGCCUUUUGUUGGUUCAAACAAUCGCAUUAAAUAGAUUUUUGUAAUUAUUAUCAUUUUUAUUUCAAAUUUUUUUUAAACUUCCCAUUUAUGUUUAGCGAUGCACUGGCCAAUUUUUUUUUCUUUUCUUUUCUUUUUCUGUGGUACGGUGGAGAACCCAGUCAAACGACUGGGGAUGCUUUGCUGUUGUCUGCCAGCCUGCUGUAAUGGCCCUUCAUGGUUUUUUUGUAAUUAAGAAAUUUUGCUGCGCCUUAAUUCUCGAGGAUCAACCAAAAAAAAAAUCUAAAUAAACUUCACAAAUACAGAACCAAACAAAUCUUAAUCGCUUUAGACGGUUGCUUCUACUAACACUGCCUUUUUAAGCUUUCAUUAGCUCAGUUUGUUUCAGUUAACUCGGGUUAAAUAUUUUUACAUUUUUCAUUUAUCUCUGAUCUCUAUUGUAAAUUGUAUUUUAAUCUUUUUUUUUUUUCCCAUGCCUCCAAAAGGGUUUUGCAUAAAUUUCUAUCUAUGACUAAAUAUAGUAGAAACAUUCAAAGCUACUUUUUGGCAUUUUUUUUCUUUUUUUGUUGUUGUUUAUGCUUGAGUGCAGAGAAUGUCACUGUAACCCUUAAACGUAUCAGCCUUCAAAAACAAUCUUUAGUGCUAAUCUUUAUUUUUUAUAUAUAUACAUACAUAUAUAUAUAAAAAUAUAUUAGUGCCUUUUUAAUACUGCUGCCUUUUUCGAAGCACUUUAUACAGCUCGACGAGUGUAAGAUUAAUAUUUGACUUCUUUUCUCAAAGCUCCUGGUGAAUGUUUCAUUGGUACGCAUGUAGAAAAGUCAGACUUACUGUGCUGUGAUAUUUUCUUUUUCCUCCUUUUGCAUGUUGGAAAGCAUUUUCUCAAAUUUUACACAGCCUUUUCUCUUUUUUUUUUUUUUUUUUUUUUUGAGACUGCAGAUGUGUGUUACUGCUUCUGUUUCUGUGUGACUUUGACUGAACAGAAUAUGUGAGGAUGCAGCCUUUUUUCUUUUAUUUUUUUUUUAGAUGUGUACAGAUGACAGUUUCCAUGAAACCAACUGAACAAAAACUCGAACCUUUUAUGUGCAGACAGCAAGUUACGCAAGACGACCGGCUCUGUGCUACUGAACGUAAACACUUAUUGAAAAUAACAUUUUGAGGCCUAAAUACACAUUAAAAAAAAACACUAAAGGUCAGUAGAGAUAUGCAUGAUGUAGGUUGGUUUUUUUUUUUUGGUUGAUGCAGAAUCUGUCAAAAGCAUCAAUACCUCUUGAACUUCUUUUUUGUCACAUUACAACCACUAAGUUGAUUUCUUGGGGAUUUUACAUGAUAUUACAACUGAUGACACGUAAAAAUUCUUAACUGAGAGGUAAAAUAAAAAUGUUUUAUUUUUUUCUGUCCAAUUCUUUGUUAGAUCUUUUAGAAAACAGCUGAAGGUCAGUCUGAUUGACCUUGGACGGUAUCUCAACAUCAAGUAUUUCUGCAGAUUUAGUCAGACUUGGCUCAGGACUUUGACUAGUCCAUUCUGACUAUUGCAGCUUUGACCAUAGGGUGUGGAUUAUUGCCCACUUUUAUGUUUUUUGUUUUAUUUUUACCCAUUUCAACGCUAGAAAUGGGUAAAAAUAACCGCCCCCCCCCAACUCCCAAGUUGACUAUUAUACACUGCUCAAAAAAAUAAAGGGAACACUCAAAUAACACAUCCUAGAUCUGAAUGAAUGAAAUAAAUAUGAAAAUAAUUUCCACCUGUUGUCUAUUCCAUUUGCACAACAGCAGCUGAUAUUGAUUGUCAAUCAGUGUUGCUUUCUAAGUGGACAGUUUGAUUUCACAGAAGUUUGAUUUACUUGGAGUUAUAUUGUGUUGAUUGAGUGUUCCCUUUAUUUUUUUUGAGCAGUAUAUAUAUUUUUUCAUUUAAUUUAUUUCUGCAUCACAUCACGUUAAUGUUGCCUCAACCAAAACCGUAUAUUCCGCUGUGGGGACUGUGUGAUCAUCUAGGUGAUCAUCAGUCGUACUUUUUCCAAACACACACAACGUUUGUGUUGAGGUCUUCAAAAUUGAAGUUAUGUUCUCAUCCGACCAAAUAAAUAAAAACCUAAUGAGAUACUUUUAAAGUUUGUGGUUGUAGCAUGACAAAACAUUAGAAGGUUCAAGGGGUGUGAAGGCGUUUUCACUUUUUUUUUUUUUUCUAACAACGUACCUGCUUUUAACAGAUUUUUUUGUUGUGUUUUAAGAGUAAUUUGACAGAUGGAUAAUUCAGGUCUCUCCUGUGACUCGCGGUAGAAAAAGAAUUCUUAUUUUUAGUGUCUAUUGAAAGAGUUUUACUUUUCUGAACUUUAUGUAGCAGUAUCCACCGUCUUUCAUGGUUUAAUUUCUUUUUUCCGCCAAGUCUCGCCUAGUUAUUUUGAAAGCACCGGACUUGAUUCCUCAUUCUUGAAUUCAGUCCUCUCCUUUGAAUGCCACUUUUGUAGUCGGUUAAACAACACUUGUGCAGAUGAUUUUCCGAACGCUACACCUUGGAGCGUUUUUUUUCCUCAUUCCAGUCUAGUUCAGGGCUGUUAUUAAACUUUCCUUUUUCAUUUUCUGAUGACACAAAAAGUGCUGGGAUUUUUUUUUUCAGGUUGUACUUUAAUUUCUGUAUAUAUAUUUCAUCACAGAAAAGUAUGCAUAAUAUCAAGUAACGUAAUAUAUGGCCUCAAAAACUGUUUUAUGCCUACUGCUACUGUAUCCAAGUAAGUUGUAUUCAAUUCCCUUGAAUUUUUUUUUUUUAUUUGGCUUAAAAUAAAAUUAUAACGUACUAAUAAUUGGGAGUUUUUCUGCAACUCUAAAGCCAAAACCAAGUGUUUAAAUGUUACGCCAACAAAUGCCAAGUUUCACUUUCACAUUGGACAGUUUGACUUCACUCUAAAAUGUGGCUAAAUCUUGAUGUUACAGUUUUGCUUUUUUUUUUUUUUUUUUUGGUCCCCUCUCCCGAUUUUAUUUUCAUCGUUUCAUGGAACAGUUUCUACCAUCCUACUGACUGAAAGCGAGUGGGAUGCAGGAUUGUGAAUCGGCAACUGAAAAAAGAUUCUUUCUCUACAGUCAAACACUGUGCCAUACCGGAAGUCGCCAACACCGAACACCCGCAUGUCUGUUCUCAUCUCGAAGCUUUGACCCGUUAAGUAACUGUUGGUUAGAAUCGAAUCAUAACGAUCAAGUUGUUUUUUUUUUUUUUUUUUUUUUUUUUGUGGGUUUGAGGGUUUAAGUUUAAUUUAAAAAAAAACAAAAGGCGGAGUUACAGACAAAUGAUGAAAAGAUCGCAUUUCUUUGAAGAUGUCAGUAUUCUUUGGCACAUUACCACUACAACUUAUAACCUGUAUUAAAAUGUAUAGAUGGUGGAGAUUCUUAUUGAAUGUCAGAUGCUAUGAAGAUACUACGUGAAAGAUGGUAAAAGUACUAAAAGUGGAUUUAAAUUGUGUAAAAGAAAAAAAAUUCUUUUUUUGAACAAAAAUAGGAUCCAUUAUUAUAUUGUUUGUAUUGUAUACCAUUUUAUUGUGUUGGCAGAGGGAUAUUGAACAGAAUCAGCUGUAAUAAAGUAAUUUUAGUAUAA